AUGACUAGUAGUAUUUCAGAGAUCCAGACGCGUCAGCCGAACCUUGUCAUUGAGGUCGACGAGGUGGAUUCUGCUCUUGGUGGAGAUCUGUCGACUUACACCCGCUCUUUGAGAUCUAGCAUUUUCCAGGGUGUACAGGAAAAUGGUAGGGCAUACCACAGGUACAAAGACGGCUCGUACAUCCUUCCCCAGGACGACCUCGAGCAGGAACGCCUGGAUUUACAGCACGAGAUAUUCCUGGUCGCGUUUCAUCGAAAGCUUUUCCUUGCCCCCAUUCAGCGAUCGAUGCAAGAGGUCCUUGAUCUAGGGACAGGAACUGGCAUCUGGGCCAUAGGGUUUGCCGAUCAGCAUCCUGAAUCCAACGUCCUAGGCAUCGACCUGAGCCCGAUCCAACCGCAUGCAGUCCCACCAAAUUGCAAGUUUGAGGUUGACGAUUUUGAAGCUCGGUGGACCUUCAAGAAAAAGUUUGAUUUUAUCCAUGGAAGAAUGCUCUUGACUUCCUGCUCUGAUUUCCCGAGGCUUUUCCGCCGCGCCUUUGAUGCCCUGCAGCCUGGCGGGUGGCUUGAAAUGCAAGAUCUCUACAUGCCACUGUUGUGUGACGAUGGCACACUUGAAGGCACGGCUUACGGGGAGUGGAAUGACAGAUAUCUAGAAGCCUGUGCAGGGCUUAGAAGGGAUCCCUCCUGGACUGCCAAAUACAAGGACUGGAUGGUUGAGGCUGGGUUUACUAACGUCAGACAAGAGAUUUUCAGGUGGCCAGUCAACCCUUGGGCGAAGAACAAGACUCUAAAGGAAAUAGGUCUUUGGAACAUGCUCAAUAUGCUUGAUGGACUGGACGGUUUCACUCUUCGCCUCUGGACCACGGCAUUUGGUAUGACGGUGGAGGAAAUCCAAAUAUUCCUUGUGCAGGUGCGAAAAGAUCUGCGCAACACGAGCAUUCACUCCUACUGGCCCAUGUGA